UUGACAUCCAAACAUACACUAGGAAGCACUAUAACCCAAGGAGGAUCACUUUUCAAAGAAAAAUGGAGGUGCAUUGUUGUUGGUACCAGGGGUCGCUCUUUCUCUUCUGUUUUUUUCUUGGGUUCCUUUGCUUUCCAGCUGAUGCAGCAGUAAAGAAGUAUCAGUUUGAUAUUCAAGUGAAGAAUGUGAGCAGGCUCUGCCAUGCCAAACCAAUUGUUACAGUAAAUGGGUUGUUCCCAGGACCUACCAUUUAUGUCAGAGAAGGAGAUCAAGUCCUCGUCAAUGUCACCAACCAUGCGCAAUAUAACAUUUCCAUUCAUUGGCAUGGCUUGAAACAAUUCCGUAAUGGUUGGGCUGAUGGACCGGCUUAUAUAACACAGUGUCCCAUCAAAACGGGGCACAGCUACACGUACAACUUUCAAGUCUCGGGUCAGCGAGGAACGUUAUGGUGGCAUGCACACAUUUUAUGGCUAAGAGCAACAGUUUAUGGCGCCAUUGUCAUCAUGCCUAAACAAGGAACUCCAUUUCCAUUCCCUCAACCUUAUUUUGAGGCUAAUAUAGUCCUAGGAGAAUGGUGGAAUUCAGAUGUUGAAACAAUUGUUAAUCAAGCUAAUAAAUUGGGGUUGCCACCUCCUAUGUCAGAUGCUCAUACUAUUAAUGGAAAACCAGGGCCACUCUUCCCAUGCUCUGAGAAGCAUACAUUUGCCAUGGAGGUUGAGUCAGGUAAAACCUACCUCCUAAGGAUCGUCAAUGCUGCACUCAAUGACGAGCUCUUCUUCGCAAUUGCUGGUCAUAAUAUGACAGUGGUAGAGAUUGAUGCAGUCUACACCAAGCCCUUCACAACCCAAGCUCUCCUAAUUGCACCUGGCCAAACUACAAAUGUGCUGGUUAAAGCUGACCAAUCUCCAAGUCGAUACUUCAUGGCAGCCAGGCCUUUCAUGGAUGCGCCAGUCCCCGUGGACAACAAGACUGCUACUGCAAUUUUGCAAUACAAAGGCAUCCCAAACACAGUUCUCCCAACCUUGCCCCAGCUGCCUGCUCCUAAUGACACCGACUUUGCAUUGAGCUACAACAGUAAGCUAAAGAGUUUAAACACCCCACAAUUCCCUGCAAAUGUCCCCCUUCAAGUUGAUCGCCAUCUCUUUUACACCAUUGGUCUAGGACAAAACCCAUGCCCCACUUGCCAAAAUGGAACACAACUCGCUGCUUCACUGAACAAUAUAACCUUUGUGAUGCCUAAAGUUGCGCUUCUGCAAGCUCAUUAUUUCAAUAUUAAGGGAGUUUUUAGAACUGACUUCCCAGACCGCCCUCUUGCUCCAUUCAAUUACACAGGCGCACCACUUACUGCUAAUCUCGGCACUUCCUUAGGCACAAGGCUCAGUAAGUUGGCUUUCAAUUCAACCAUUGAAUUGGUAUUACAAGACACUAAUCUCCUGACCGUUGAGUCCCAUCCUUUUCAUCUUCAUGGUUACAACUUCUUCGUUGUGGGGAAUGGGAUCGGAAAUUUUGAUCCCAAGAAAGACCCAGCUAAAUUCAACUUGAUUGAUCCCCCAGAGAGAAAUACAGUUGGUGUCCCCACUGGAGGUUGGACAGCUAUCAGGUUCAGAGCUGAUAAUCCAGGUGUUUGGUUCAUGCACUGUCAUUUAGAACUCCACACCAUGUGGGGGUUAAAGAUGGCUUUUGUGGUUGAGAAUGGAAAGUCGCCUGAAGAAUCUGUUCUACCACCACCAAAAGACCUUCCACCCUGCUAGAUGUUGCUUAACAAAGAAGAAAUCUUGACUGUCACUUGGGGAGCUUCAGUUUCUUCUAUAUGCCUCCCUUUUUCUAUUCUCCUGCAAAAGCUGCAGUAAUUCUUUGAGUAUGAGAAUCCAUAAUUUAAAUGAAUUGCUUUAUGAUUGUUUAGAGGUCUAGAUGAGACCUUUAUAUGUCAAUAAACCUCUAUCAAGGAAAUCGUCUUUUGAUUCACUAACA